AUGAGCGCUCGAGACGUCGACUUCGAGUUCGAAAGGGCAUAUCAGCGUCUCUUUGCGAGCUCCACCUCAGUUGGGCCUCAGACAUCAGGCGCAGACAAGAGUAGCGAAAGAAGUCCACAGUGGCGAGCCGAGUCACCAAAGCUUACGCGUACAGUCAGCAAUGAUUCGCGGUCAGGGCGCGCGACGGCUUCGACUCCUCGAGUCGACAGGCCGAAGCAACCGCGAAACAUCGAUGCUGGCUUGCUCUCCUUGUCUCGCCAGGCAUCCUUCAGCAAAGCUCGGCCGCAUUCAAUGCGACAGGAGACUCCUCAAAGCCAGCCCGAUCGACGCCAAGGACAUCCACGGCCACAAGCCUUUCAGUCACCUCUGGACGCUCUAGCACGCCACAAGUCAGCAUCGGACUCAAAAGGCAAGGCACGCGCGUACACCCACUACGAGGAGCGACCGACUCCAACUCCGAAACCUGAGCGCAAUGUGACGACUCCAGCGCCAAUUUCAUUGUCAAUCCCGCCGCAGUCCAAUAGCAUACCAUACCAGGAAUCCGUCACAUACUAUCCGUAUCCUACCGGCCAGCCACUCCAUCAGCUUCCAGGACAGCUCGCUAAUGCUGGCUCAGGCAUUGCAAGCGUACCUGGCCACGCUGUAGCAUGGACACAGCCAAUCGCACCCGCCGCGUCGAUGCCAGCUAUAGCUUAUCCAGGCUUCAGCGCCUCGGUCAUCUUUUCACAACCUCAAUUCUUCGCUUCACCCCCGCAAGCGGUACAGUCGAUGGCCACUCCCAUGCCGUCCGAUCCCGGCCCGCAGCAGCGCACCUCCCAGCAGACUGGACCGGCGUCGACCUCGCACAACGAACAAAAGCAGCGCGAAUCGGCUACCACGCCUUCAGACUCUCGCCAGCCACCGCUCGCUUCUUUUCCUUCUCCUUCUGCUUCCUCUUUCUCUUCCCCUUCUUCUCCUUCUUCUUCAUCAUCUCCUCGCAAAAUGAAUCUCGAUGGAAUCAAGGCUACUGGAACAAGAUGGAAUGAAGAGCAAGCAGCUCAUCUCGGCAACGAGGAAAACGUCUCACAUAUUUUCAAAGAACCCGCGUACUUGAAAGUGGUGCAGCGCAGAGCCCUGCAGACACAGUCCCGAGAUCCAAAGCAAAAGAAAGUGCCGGUCGAUGAAAAUGGGGUGCCUAUCAUCAGGAAACGAGGACGACCCCCUCGCAUCCGCGAAAACUUGCAACCUGCUGUGUCGGAGAUCAAUGCAACUGCAAGCACCGUUCCGAUAAAGAAGGAGGCGGUGCAGUCGCCGCAUUCGCACGUUGAAGCAUCUUCGCCUCAUCUGGAACGAUGUCUUGCGCUGCCAGAACACAGGACCCGCCCGCAUUUCAAGGAGACACACACGUUGUUCGUCCACUCGGAACGGCGGCUGCGAUGGCUAGCACGCAUUGCGAUAUCGCAAACAGAUCAACGGACCAGUGCUGUCUACCGCGCUGAGCGCAGUGCAGCCGAGCGAAUCGAAUGGUCCCGAUGGGGCGUCUCGGUUGCUGCAGACGUAUUCCUGCCUCAUUCUCAGCCAACGCCACCUAAUGACACACAAGCGACGAGUGACGAUUUGCCUGCAUCGCAGAUACAGUCUCAAUCGCAACCUGACCCUUCUGGCUUGUUCCCUCGAGACAAGCGGAGGGCAUACGUAGCCUUGCGCAAAGAGCUACACUCGGCCAACCGGACCGCAUCGAGCCGCAUCUGCGUUCCGCGCCUUGUACGCUACCUGGCUAAAGUAAGCGCAGCAGCACAAGCCAUGACAUGGUCAAGGAGAAGACGCGCGUACUUGGACCGCAAACACCGCGCCGCCAAACUGGCGAAGUACAUGCUCAAGUCGGUUCGGCCAACAGCGUUGGAUGUGCGCAGGAUGUGGAGUGUCUGGGCUCUAGCAGAGCAUGCGCGUGAUAGCAGCAAAAUCGGUAACGGUGGAGCAUCCGUACAGCAACGGGAGAAGGGGAAGGGGAGGGUAGCGUUUGCUGCCACCCCGUCGCUCGAGGAUGUACAGCAGGGAGUGAUUGCGCGCAGUGCUCAAACAGAGGACGAGAGACGGACGCCAGCCCCCGCUCUCGAGGUGGCACCGCAGGGAGCGUCUGCUGACGGUGCUGACAUCAAAGGCGAAACCCGGAUCAAGCGAGAGCCAGAGUCUCCCUCGGUGGAGCGAAACCAAUCCGUUCCAACUCUCGGGCCUACGCAAAUGCCACGCGCGCAGCUCAAGCAAGAACCGGAUUCGGACAUCAUCAUGACUCCGGCGCUUACCAGCCCACAUUUGCCAGCAAGCAGAAGCCCCGAGUCGGCGCAAGUUGCACGUUCGGCUGCGUCGCUCAAUCCGGCGAACGGUGAUGUUGGCGCACGCAAGGAAGCGCCGCUAUUUCUGCGUCGUAACUUCCGUGUCUACCGCCUGAUUGGGAUGACGGACUUUCCGAUUUCGUAG